CAGAAAUCCUGCACGCUGAUUGGCCAAUUGCAUAUAAGUCGGCCGAGUCGACUUCGUCAUUGGGUUCACCACUCCGGCGCAUCAUCACGUAUCCAUACCGUCAUGACGGCUCCCAGCCUGCUGCCUAGGAUAGGAGUUACUGCUAGACAGAUAGAGAUGUAAAAGCGGCCUCACCCGCCAUUGCGUACGUUUGACAUCUCAGCUUCAGCAGACAUGAACGCUACGUCGGCAACACGUCUCCUACGACCCGCAAUUUGCCUCCCCUGUACCACUACCACUGCCAUUGCCAGGACACUCCCCGCUGCAUCACGGCUACUUGAUAUUACUGCUCUCUCGACAGUCUUGACCGCAACACGCAGAGCUCGCGCCGAUAUCCCUCCCCUCAUCACACGACCAGCAGCCCGCCACUUCGCCAAGAUGUCCAAGAGCGUGGCCGCGGCGACCCACGCCGAUUUCCACCGCAGCUCGCUGUUCGACCUCAAGGGCCGCGUGGCCCUCGUCACCGGCGGCGGCUCCGGCAUCGGCCUGAUGAUCACGCAGGCGCUGGCCGUGAACGGCGCCAAGGUGUACAUCGUCGGGCGCACGGGCGAGAAGCUCGACACGGUCGUGCAGACGUACAACCGGGACAUCGAGGGCGAGAUCGUCGCGCUGACGGGCGACGUGACCAAGAAGGACGACGUGGCGCGGCUGGUGCGGGAGGUGGAGGCGCGCGAGCCGUGCCUGUGCAUCCUGGUCAACAACGCGGGCGUGGCGAGCGAGACAGUGCAGCCCGAGUCGGGGUCGGCGGCGGAGAUGCGGCGCAACCUGUUCGACACGUCGGGCGCGACGGCGCGCGACUGGACCGCCACGUACGAGGCCGACGUCGUGUCCGUCUACUUCGCGACGGCCGCCUUCCUGCCGCUGCUGCAGCGCUCGUCCAAGCGCCACCCGCACUGGUCCGGCACCGCCAUCAACGUCACCAGCAUCAGCGGCCUCGUCAAGGCCGCCCAGCACCACUUCGCCUACAACGCCGCCAAGGCCGCCGCCGGCCACCUGACCCGCAUGCUGGCCGCCGAGAUCGCCGCGGCGGGGCACAAGAUCCGCGUCAACGCGCUCGCCCCCGGCGUGUUCCCCAGCGAGAUGACCGCCGGCGAAAGCGACGAGUUCCAGAAGAGCCACCUCGACAAGGAAAAGUACGAGCGCAAGGUCCCGGCCGGCCGGCCCGGCCGCGACAUCGACAUGGCCCAGGCCGUGCUGGCGCUAGCCUGCAACCAGUACAUCGACGGGCAGACCCUGGUGGUGGAUGGCGGGUACACGUUGGCCAUGGGGCAGUGAGGCAGUCACGUGCCUCACGCUGUAUGUACGGUAGUACAUACAUAAAUACGCAAGUGGGAAGGAUCUUGACACCGAAUGGCGGAUAGGGCGGGGGACUGGGGGGUAAAACGAGAGUUGACUGUCCGAGAAUGGACGGAUUUCGCGUGUCGGAUCGCUCGGAAGUCCGCGUUUUCUGCUGCGGUCAGUUCGUUUCGAAGUGUACACUAGAGCUCAGCCUCCGUAUUGAUGAAACCGAGAAAAGUGCCGCUGGGAUGCUCCGCCAUCCUGCUCGGUGCAAUUAAGACCCCGCGCUGCGCUGCGCUGUCCAGCUCGUGUGCUGUCAAAGUCCGAGGUGCGGCCCUCGGCGUCAAGGUCGGCGGUGAGCCAAGAGAUCGAUCUCCGAUUGGCUAGG